UAUUCCCGCACAAACACAUGCACCAGUAGAAGCCAAACCUUCAAAAGCGAUGGAACGGAGCUCAAACGAACGGCCGGCUACCGGGCGCUACGAUGGGAAAUCGCUCAUAUCGAAACCGAUCCGUAACUCGUCCUGUACCAUCCCGAACGAGCUGCUGGAGUUUGACUACUCGUACGGAUACGACUGCAAGCGGUUCUUUAAUUUGUGCAAAAUCGCCGAAAGCGUCCUGGUGUUUGCGUCGGGCAAUUUGAUACACUUCUUCGACGUGACGACGCACACCGUCACGACACGCCGCAGCUCGACCGGGGGCGGUAUCGGUUGCAUUACGACCAACCCGAGUGAAGAGUAUUGCCAUCUGACCGUGGGUGAGAAUGGCGUCGACCCGCCCAUCAUCAUCUACCAGUAUCCUGAGAUGACGGUCGUUAAUCUGCUGACGGGCGGUACGACGAGCGGCUACUCGCGCAUCGACUACACCGUGGAUGGUAAGCUGCUGAUUUCGCAGGGCAUCGAGCCCGACUACAUGCUGACGGUGUGGAACUGGCGCGAGGCGGAAAUCAUUCUCCGCUGCAAGUCGUUCUCGAACGAUGUGCUGAACGUGAUGUUCUCGCCGAGCGUCCCGGGGCACAUUACAACGUGCGGCCUUGGUCAUAUCAAAUUCUGGAAAAUGUCCAGCACCUUCACCGGAUUGAAGCUUCAGGGCGAGCUGGGACGCUUUGGCAAGACGGAGAUAUCGGACAUUGUGGGGAUUUUGCCGCUGCCCGAUGAGAAAGUCCUGUCCGGCUGCCAGUGGGGCAAUGUGCUCGUGUGGGAGGCCGGGCUGAUUAAGCUGGAAGUUUGCCGCAAGGGCCGCAAACCCUGCCACGAUGGGCCGAUCACGCAGAUCUUGAUGCGCGAGGGCGAAGUGAUGACGGCGGGCCUGGACGGUCGGAUAAGGAUCUGGUUCUGGGAGACGGUCGAGCUGGCCGAUCCACCGGACGACGAUCGAUUUGUGGAGAUCGAACCAAUAAUGGAGUUCCGCAUCGGAGCGGAGCUGAUGUGUUUGGUGCGCCGGCAGGGUGACUUCCAGUGGUACGCACAGGAUGGCAGCGGUGGGAUUUGGUUGUGCGAUUUAACCCCAGCGCAUCACACGGAACCACCGCAGCAGCUGUUCAAGUGUCACGCGGGAGAAAUUGUGGCCGUGCAGGCAAGCCCAGUGUCUAGCCACGUGGCCACACUCGGAGUGGACGGUAUGCUGUGCGUGUACGAUUACGCCAAGCGGGAGCUACUGCUGAGCCAUCGAUUCCAGUGUGCCGGGCAGUCGAUGAUCUGGCUGCCGCCAACACUCGACCCGACCGGAGCCAUUCUUGUGCUAGGCUUUGCGGACGGGUUUCUACGAGCGGUUGCCGUUAACCUGCACCAGGGACACCUUUCCUAUCCAGAAAACCGAGUCAAUCUCAUACAACUGCUCAAGCCACACUCGAAAGCCAUCACGGCGCUGGGUUUAAACGCCCGGGAAACAAUCCUCGUGUCCGGCUCGGAAGAUCAAACCAUCUUCGUGCAUCGCUGUGUCCGAACGAGUCCUCACGCGACGCUGGAACCCAUCGGGCUGGUCUACACCCCGUCCGCCGUCAGCACCAUUAGCUGGAAGCCGGACACAACCGCCACCGCACUGGUCGGCUGCCGGCACGGUCAGCUGCUCGAGAUGGAGCUGCCCGAAGCGCCCGUCGACUACACGACCAUCUCCUACCAUCUGCGGCACGUCGAGAUCCGGCAGCUCACCUUCCAGUCGGUAAAGUCGGAGAUCAAGCGCAAUCUGCGCGUGGCCGAGAUCGAGAAGCGCAAGCAGGAGAAGCGCGCCCGUAAGCUGCAAACGCUUGAGCGGAUGCGCAUCGAAAACCCGAAGGCGGAGAUCAACGAGGAAGCGUUUUUGGCCGACUCGGACGAGGAGGAAGAGCUUGAACCGCUCUACAUCCCGAAGGUGCCCAAUCCAGUGCUGUGGGCCCGGUACACCGACGAGGACACGCUGUGGCUGUCGAUGGGCGGGUACGAUGCAGGGUACGUGUACGAGUACGGGUUCGACGAUGAGGACCCACUGUCCUGCACGCCCAUACCGGAGCUGGAGGAUGUCGAGCUGACGUGCUAUCUGCGAGACACAAACUACACCAUCUUUGGUACGGGCGACGGUGCGAUACGGGUGAAUCGAACCAAGCGUGACUUUCGCGACCUCAGCGACUACUGGACGUUGCCGAUGCACGAUAAUCGGACGGGCAAAGUGACGGCACUCGCCUUCAGCCACGACUAUGCGUACAUCUUCAGCGUUGGGGCGGACGGUAACCUGUUCGCGUACCGCUGGUUCGGUGAGGGUGAACCGUUCCAAGCCAUCCCUCCGAAACCGCUCGAAAAGGGUGUGAAGCGCGUGUUCGACAUCGACGAGCGUGACUAUCCGUCGCUGGAGGAGCAGAAGGCGCGCCAGGAACGGGACCGGCUGGCGAAGAUUGUUUCCGACCGUAAGGAGGCGGUGCUGCGCACCGUCGCCAGCCAUCGGAAGCGUUUCGAGGCUUUGCUGGAGCGUAACCGGGCCCUGCCGGAAGCGUUCCGCAUACCGGUGACGGACUUUGUGCUGGACGAGCGCAUCAUGGACGAUCUGCGGGAGCAGCUGGCGGCCGAGCUCGGGCUGGUCCAUCGCCGGAUGGCGUUCGAUGUGGAGAAGGUGCGCAUUGCGGCCGGCAAGCUGCAGCAGUUCUUCCUGGAGCCGCUGGAAAGCUACCCGAUCGAGGUGUUGGCAGUAAGAAGUGGACAGUCGGUGAAGAGUUUCCGUAUCGAAAAGCUGGACGAUGACUACUUUCAAACCGUGGAGCAGGUCGAGAAGUUGGUCGCAGAAGAGGCAGAACGUAGACGAGCUCCCGAGACAACUUCCGCCAAGCGCAAGGAUCGCCGAAAGGACUCACAAAUGCAGCGCAAAGAAUCGUUCCUCGAAGGGCUGUCGCAGUCGACGAUCGACUUUAAGCUCGAAAGCAAAAUGAGGCGCCUGCUGGCGAAGUACCGCGAUCGCAAGAACCAAGAAACGAUACGCCAGCAAGAGUGGGAAGAACAUAAAGCCUCCAAGCCGGACCCGAACGCGAACGAUCCCGCCGACGAUUUGGCGAUCAAGGAGGCGGCCGGCUCGAUCGGUGACUACAAUCUCAAGAGCGAUCCCGACUACGAGCCGGCCGAGGAGCAGGUGGAAACGACCACCGGCAAGUACCACGAGCUGUUGCGCAUACGGCAGGAGAUGUUCACGUUGCGCCGAGACUAUAACCGGCGGGUGUUUGCGUUGCGCGAGAAGAAGGUCGAGCUGAUGCGGUACAUAGCGAAGCAGCGGGCAAAGUUGGCAGCAAUCCACGAGGAGCUGCCGGCGGAAAAGCGCAAACAAUUCCCCCACGACGUUACGCUAAACUUGAAGGUUGAGUACGCCGACGAUCAGUACAAGUUCGAAGAGGAUCGUCAAAAUCUGGCCGCUCUGGAGCAGCUGGAAAGGAAGGCGCACCGAAAUAGCCACGACAUGAUACUGAAGGAAGUGCUCGGGCUGACGUUGCCCCCGGAGCAGCAGGCUACACUCACCCUAAGCAAGCACGAGCGGGAGUUGCGAGAGCUGCGCCUAAUGGGAAAGCUCUUCAAGCAGGACAAAAUCAUCGCCAAAGCGUCGGCACGCAUCGAACGCUUCGACCGUGAGCUGGACCAGCUGGCCCAGGAGCGGCUGCAGGUGGACACCGAUGCGAAGCUGCUGGAAAACUUUCAGCUCACGCUCUACCAGGAGCUGUGGAUACUGAAGGACUUUAGCAAGAUCGAAACGGCCGUCCUGGACAGCGUGGAGCAGGUAACGAUCGAGCGGAACGGACUACUGCAGGCCGUGCAGGACGCGCGGGUCGCGAUCGAGCAGGUCGAGCUGGAGAUGGAGCAGAUACAGCGCGAGCAGCGCUCGAACCUGCAGCGCUUCAACUCGAGCUGCCUCGACAACGACUACACCAAGGUGAUGAAGCGCAUCUACAAGAAGAAGUUUAAGCCGUGCAAAAUCAACGACAACGAGUCGGACUCGUCGUCCGAGUACUCGUCGGAAGACAUUGAGGGGCUGGAGAACGCGAACGAGGGCGAAGUGAGCAAGGUGUUUCUCGAUCUUAGCCACUGUCCGGCCGGCUGUAACCCGGAGCUGUACAACCUUGCCAUCCAGCUGCGCAACGAGAAGCUGGAGCUGCAGCGGCGCCACUACGGGGAGGAACGCUCCCUGAAGGAGAUGCACCGGCAGCUGGAAAACCUUAAGCCCAAGCUGGCGGAUGCGGAAACGCGCCUUAGCGAGAGGAAAAACGAACUGCUGGAGUUGCGGCGCGAGAAGCAGCGAAGACUCAACGAUAUCGACACGCUGAUCAUAGUGAAGAUGGAUCAGAUGCAGUACUUCCGCACCGAGACGGAGUUUCAGGACGUGGAGAACAGUUUGCUGUUCAAUCGGGAAGCGCUGUUGAAGCUGUACGCGCGCGUCGAUCAGCUGGCGGCGGAAACGCUCGAAACCAAGCGCAAGCACCGGGUGAACGUGGUGCAUCUCGCGCGCAUGAAGACGGACAUCAAGUUCAUGCGGCAGCAGCUGGUAUCGCUCAAGGAGGAGAUCAACGAGACGAUGAUGAAGAAGUUUGGCCGCGUGAUCGAUCUGGACGAGCUGGAGGAGACAAUACUGCGCCAGUACACGUUCGAGAUGCGCGCCAACCUGGACGACGUGCGCAAGAGCUACGAGGAGCGUGCCCGGGAGCUGAAGAAACUGUACGCCAAAAAGCAGGAGGAGCUAAAGAAGGUCAUCCAGGAAGGCACCGAGAAGCUGCACAUCCUGACCGUCCUUCAAGAGGAGUACAACAACCUGGAGAAAGCACUCGCCCACCAGAAGCUGAUCCUAGAGCGUCGCAAGCAGCCACCGCCGACCUACUCGGAAGAUCUCAGCAAGCUGCGCGAAAUCGCCAAAAUCCAGAAGGAACAGAUCAACACCCUGCAGCGCGAGAUCCGCACGCUCAGCAUGAAGUGCAAGCCCCUCUCGGCCGAAAGCCCGGACGUGGAGGUUCAGAUACCACCGCCAGCGGUCUGCGGCAAACCGGUCCCGGUCGCCGACGAAUCCGUCUACAAUGCGGUGAUGGACUCGGCCCCGCCCAGCACCCGGGCCAGCUCGCCCGACAACUUCCUGUACAACGAAAUCUCCAGCCUGAUCGACGACUUCCUGGUGGAGCAGCUCGGUUCGCGCGUCCUGCAGUCCGACAUCAAGCGCGUCGUCAACCAUCUGGCCCACUAUCUGUCCAACAUCAUACACAACUUUGCGCCCGAGCACGCGAGCGAUCUGCUGCCGCACAUUAUCGAAAACUUCAAGUCGUUCAUACCGGAGGAGCUGCUCAUCACCAUACCGCCCCAGGCGAUUGCCGAGCUGAUCGAGAGCAUCUUCCGCACGUUCAAGGAGGGGUAUGACAUCGACACGAAGGAGAUACUGGGCGAAAUCGUCGGCAACAGUCUCGAGAUGAUCUUUCCCGCCUCGCAGAACUACUCGCACAACAUCCUGGUGGACAUUAUGAAGCAGGUGCUGGCGACGCUGCACAUCGCGGACGUGAACCAUCCGGAGACGAUCGCGUUCAUCGCGAACGGCAUCCGGCACAAGCCCGGCAUCGAUCCGGACGGCGUCAGCGUGGAGCUGAUGUGCGACGAGAUCGUCCAGUACGCGCAGGAGAACACGGUGGACGAGAUCGGGACCGAUCUGAUCCGGGGCGUUCUCGAGGGCAUUCUGCAGUGCGUCCGGGAGCAGUAGGAUGGGGGACGCUGGGUCCCAAAAACUGCUCCUUCCCCCUCUAGGGUGAAGCAUCUCGAACCGAUUGUGUUUGCCUUGGAGAUUGAUGUGUGCAACGUGUGGUGUGGAGUACGAUAAUCGAAAGGUGUGCGGUGCGUGCUUUGAGUCCGCGCCUCCGACAGUGUGUGCCGGUCUGCCGCGUGUGGUGUGGGCCCUUAGCGACAGCAGUACCAGCCCACACGGGUGGCCGAUGGGUCCCAUGCGAAACGAUUGUCAUGCGUCCGUGGCGUGCGCCCGCAACAAUGACGACAGCGUGGUGGUGGUGCUGCUGCUGCUGCCGCUGCUGUUAUCUAUCUUUCCCACCCGACAAUGGGGGCAGGCCAGCUGCACACGGGAGAUGCGUACGCCGUUAUCGUGUGGUGGUGGAAGUAAACAACCUUUUGCUAAAUCCA